AAAGAGAAGAUGAAAGAGUUGUCUCUCGUCUCUCUCAUAUGCUCCUGCUUCUAUCCGGAGACCCUAAAAAUGUCUUUUAAAUUCAAAAUGUUGCCUUUGUAUUUAUUUGCACUGCUCUCAGACAUGGAGGUCAAGGCCAUCAAUAAACGAGCUUCUGGCCAGGCCUUUGAGGUGAUCCUUAAACCGCCCUCUCCCGUGUCCGACGCCGGCUACAGCAUCACCACGCCGGCUAAGAAAAGGGACGUCUCUCUGGAGGACAUCCAGAAAAAACUGGAGGCUGCAGAGGAUAGGAGGAGAUCCCAAGAAGCGCAGGUGUUGAAGAUCCUGGCAGAAAAACGUGAGCAUGAACGCGACGUCUUGCUUAAAGCCAUGGAGGAGAACAGCAACUUCAGUAAGAUGGCAGAAGAGAAACUUGCCCUGAAGAUGGAGCAGAUAAGAGAGAAUCGUGAGGCCCUCCUGGCCGCCAUGAUGGAGCGUCUGCAUGAGAAGGAGAGGCAUGCCCAGGUGGUGCGCAGGAACAAAGAGCUGAGAGAAGAGCUGACAGCAUGA